AACCCCCGUUGCUAUUGUAGCAACUGUCGCAUCAGGCCGGUCUUUACAAUGCUCACAUACAUUCAAUACACUUGAAGGUGAGCAGUAUCUUGUACGGGAUUCAGCACCCAAAACAAAUGCUCGGUGCAACUAUUAUCCGCCCCGCAUCUGACGAUAAGAUCAAAGCCGAUCAACGAUCAGCAACCAACGAUCGUAGUGGUCACACUCCUAAUGAAUGAAUUCUUAUCUUCUGAAUAGGACCCUUGGGUCCAUCAGUCCACACACAUUCCAUGUCGCGCAAACGAGCCGUCUCGUUCACCACCUCGAACCAGCCCCCGGUAUCCGUUUCUCCAGUCGCCAAAACCAUGAACAGCCGACGUCAGCUGUUGAUAUACACUUGAACUCCGAGGAUGAGCUCUACGCCCACAAGGCCGGGGUGAAUGUGCUGGCGAUAGAUCAAUAUGACGGACGAUUUAUGGUCUCCGGGGGCGCAGACCCCUCCAUUCACCUCUGGGACCUAGAAUCCAGAGGCUCAGAACUAGGCCACGUCCACAAAUCCAUCGCCUCGGUCACAAAAUCAUCGCAUGAAGACGCCCAUACGCACGCCAUCACCUCCAUAUCGAUAUACCCCUUCGACCCAGUCCCGUCGACGAUACUGUCAACCUCGCGCGAUGGCACUCUCAAACUCUCAGCCAUAGCACCCGGCGCCAUUACCCCAGUCCACACCUUCAAACUCGACUGCACACCAUAUGCCCACUCAAUGUCAUCGCACCCCGCCUCACCUCUCCUCAUCGCCGCCGGCACGUCCGAGAGCCCAGUGCGACUACUCGACCUCCGCUCAGGGUUAUCAACCCACGGACUCCCCGGACAUUCCUCCUCAGUACUAUCCGUUUCCUGGGCCCCCCACAGACCCCAUAUCCUGGCAUCCGCAUCAGCAGACCACAAAGUGAUUCUAUUCGAUAUCCGUCGCGGGGGCCACAACUCCGCCAUCGCCGCCCUGGACAUGGACGACGCCGUCGGCCUGAUACCACCACGCAGCGCACCAUCCAACUACCAAAGCCGGCCCGCAUUCUCCCCACACGCACGGGCACACAACGGCGCCGUGACCGGCGUGCGCUGGACCUCUAACGGCUCACACCUAGUAACGACCGGGCAGGACGCGCGGAUCCGCGUGUGGGACGCCUCAACGGGCGCAAACACUCUCGCGCACUUCGGUCCCCGGGUCCGCAACGCCGUGACCUCCCACCUCGCCGAACGGGCACCGCUAGUCCUCCCCAAAGGCGUCAUGGGUCCGGGGCAGGAGACGCUCUUGUGGCCGAAUUUCAGUGAGAACGAUGACCGUGGGGAGAUCCUUAUGUUCGAGCUGCGCGAAGGGUCUUUCAUCAAGCGUCUCAAGGUCCCGGGUCUCAUGGGCGGGCAGCAGCAGUUCCGGGGCCGGUCUAGCGCGCUCAGUGCCGCAAGAAUCAAUGCCCUUGUUUGGCGUGGCAAUGGCGCCUCGGGCGAGGGCGUGGAGAUGUUCUCUGCGCAUGGGGACGGGACGAUCCGCACCUGGGUGUCGAGGGAGCCAGAGGGGGAGCCGGACGAGGCUGAGGAAGCCGAGCAAGCGGAUCGGAAACGCAAACGGGAUGUUUUGGAUGAGAUCUACAGAGGGUUUAUUGGACAAGCCUAGCUUGAUCAUGAUACACAUACAGAUAACUCUUAGAUAAACACUUUAGACAUCCACACUGGCAUAGCCCAUAACUCAUACAAUAAACAGUUCAAUACUCUAAAACAUAAACCCAAUAUCAUACACUUCCAUCCCCAACCCAACCAAAACCAAAUCAAAGAAAAGAAACAAAUAAUCACUCAUCCAACUCACUCCCCUUAAC